UUGAACAGCUCCUUCCAAAGAGAACUCGAGCUCCAAAAGUACCCACGUUCCGAAACUGCAGAAUAUUCUCUCGGCGCUGCUCGGAUAUCCCUCGCAUCAAAUACUGUGAUCGCUCACGAACUCCUCACGAUGUCCAUUCGGCUCUGCACCUCAGAGAUGAGUGAGCGCGACUACGCUCACCAGCUGCAUCUUGAGCGCGACUUGACCCUCGACAGGGGAUUCUACAUCGUGAACCUCAAUGACAUCAAAUACAAGGUCGAUUUAUGGCGACGGAGCUGCCCCCGUGUCACUCCAUUCUAUGCGGUGAAGUGCAACGAUGAUCUGGCUGUGCUUUCUGUGCUCGCGAAUUUGGGAGUCAACUUCGACUGUGCUUCGAAGGCAGAGAUCAGUAAGGUUCUGUCUCUGGGCGUUGCACCGAGUCGGAUAAUUUAUGCUCAUCCGAUCAAGGCGCCCUCGUAUCUCAAGUAUGCGAAAACUCGAGGUGUCCGCAAAAUGACUUUUGAUUGCGUCGAAGAGCUGCAGAAGAUCGCCGACAUAUAUCCCGAGGCUCAAUGCGUUCUCCGUCUCAAAGUGGACGACAGCGACAGCACUUUCAAACUUUCUCUCAAGUUUGGCGCCGCGGAAGAAGACUGCCUCCGAUGUCUCCAGGAGGCGCGGAGGCUCGGACUGGAGGUCGUUGGAGUCAGUUUCCAUGUCGGAUGCAACAACCAGUCCCCUUACGCCUACGCGAACGCUCUGAAUUUUGCGCGACGGGUUUGCGAUCAGGGGGAAAAGAUCGGAUUCAGCAUGAAAUUCCUCGACAUCGGAGGCGGCUACCCUGGAUACCACGGAUUCGAACCCAUUUUCGAGAAAACAUCGAACGCUAUCAACGCAGCGCUCGAGACAAACUUCCCGAAAGGAGCGGGCUUCGAAAUUAUCUCUGAGCCGGGAACAUUCUUCGUUUCGUCGGCGUUCUCGCUCUGCGCCAGGAUCAUCGGCAAGAAAGUAUCGCAACCCAUGGAGAAGGAGUCGCCCAACAAAACGGUCAUACAAUACUACGUGAAUGAUUCGGUUUACAAAUCCUUCAACAUCUCGUUCUUCACCGACGCCUGCGUUUCCCCUCUCUGCCUCGAGGAUGACAAGGUUUCGGGUGAGCUUUGCGAAACCGUCAUCUGGGGGAACACCUGCGACGGCGUCGACAAAAUUAAGCAAUCGUGCCUUCUCCCUGAGCUCGAGGUUGGCGAUUGGCUCAUGUUCGACUCCCUCGGCGCGUACUCAACAACCCUCGAGACUCCCUUCAACGGGAUGGAGGCCCCCGACAAAUACUAUAUGGCACGUCCUGAAAUCGCGGAAGUUUUCAAUGCGAUGAAGGUCUUCAAUGAUGAGGAAGAUGUUGCUCAUGUUCACCGGCACUUCUCUCUCAGUAGCCAAGCGCGUGGCUUGCGCCAAGCUGCCUGAAGUGAUCGAUCUUAGCUACCCGUUUCGAUUAAGAUAAAUCCACCGACGAAAUUCGCUUCGCGCAAGCGGGGAGUUCGCACAGGGUAUAGCUCCGGGAUGUCGUGAUGGAUUCUGGAUGAGAUAAGGAUCUCUUCAAAGUGCUCUGGGGAAUUUUGCAUUUUACCUCCCGGUUCCCGUGACGCUUCGAUGGAUGCUAAGGGAAUAUUUGGAGGCGGUGAGGGCUCUCCGAAAAGGUCGAUGGUUCACGAGAGAGCACUAAUCCUCGAAGAAAGCAUUCGCAGCUCGAUUCGUGCGCCGCGCCGCACACUCAACUUCGAGCCCGUCUAACGUUGUAAGCGUUCGUGUCUCUCGAGAUGAGUCAACGAUAAAGACCUUAUUCUAUAUUUAGACCGAAUGUAGAGACACAACUCGUGAAACGGAACCGAUCCUCGUUUUUGUAUAGAAAAGCUCCAAGGCCAGUGGGUGAUGGCUUGGAAUCGGGAUGGACUGUGGGUAUUUUGAUGUACAUGUUUCCGCAAUAAAUUGAUAAGCACGUGGGAAA